AUGAAAUUUAUCAAAUUAAUACUAUUUGUAUUUUUAAUAAUAAUAGUCUCAAGCAGUAAUGCUUCAAAAAUAAAAAAUAAGGAUAAUGAAGUAAUUAAUGCUUUCCUUAUCCCACACUCCCAUUGCGAUGUGGGCUGGGUAGAAACUUAUGAUCAGUAUUAUACAGAAAAUGUCUCUGUAAUUUUAGAUAGUGUUGUUCAUGCUCUUAUUAAUGAUCCAACAAAAAAAUUCAAUUGGGCUGAAAUAAUUUAUUUUGAAAGAUGGUGGAAUGAACAAUCAUCAAUCAUACAGGCAAAAGUUAGAGAUUUAGUGGAUCGUAAACAAUUGUAUUUUAUUGGUGGUGGUUGGGCUCAAAAUGAUGAGGCCACAAUUCAUUAUGAAGCAGUUAUUAACCAAAUGACAUUAGGCCAUCAGUUUUUAUUAUCAGAGUUUGGUGUAGUACCAGAGAUAGGUUGGCAAAUUGAUCCAUUUGGUCCAUCAACCCUGACAGCAACAUUAUUUUCUUUAAUGGGCUUUAAAUAUCAUGUUAUCAAUAGAAUUGAUGAAAGAAUUAAAUAUGUUUUCAAUACAACCCCAGAUAUUCCAGGUUCAGGUUAUAUGAGUACAGAAAGGGAAUUUGAAUUUGUUUGGUUCCCAUCACCCAAUAACCAGGAUCUUUCUAUAUUUACUCAUAUUUUAGACCAUCAUUAUAGCUCACCAUAUUUAAUUUAUCCUAAUGCAUCAAACCCAAAUAUUUCUCUUUCAACUGGUUUUGAUUUUGAAGGUGGGGCAGAUAAUAAUCCAUCUAUUAAUGAAACCAAUAUUAACGAAAGGGCAUGUAUUUUAGUAGAGAUCAUUCAACAAAGAGCAGCACUUUAUCGUCAUAAUAAUGUACUAUUACCUUUUGGCAAUGAUUUUAGAUACCAAAAUGCAACUUUAGAAUUUUCAAAUAUGGAUAAAUUAAUCGAAUAUAUUAAUGCAAACUCAUCCUUUGGUGUAAACCUUCAAUAUGGAACAUUGAAUGAAUAUUUUGAAGAGGUGUUUAAAGAGACUGAUAACUCAACAAAAAUAUUCCCAGAGUUGGUAGCAACUGACUAUUUUGUUUAUACAAUGUGUCUUUCAGUAGACUAUCAAAACUUCAACACUUGUGCUAAUUGGUGGAGUGGCUACUAUACAUCAUAUCCAUUGUUAAAGGGUACCGUUAGGGAGUCAGACUCAAUACUAAGAGUUGGUGAAAUGUUAUAUGCUCUUGCUUCUGCAUAUGAUAUAGGAUUUGGUAGCGACUUUGACUUUAAUAUUGGUUUCUACGCUUUAGAUUUUCAUAGAAAUGUAAGUGGUAUUCUAACCCAUCACGAUGCAACAACUGGUACAGCAAAGGCUUAUGUAAGAGAAAAUUACUUUGAAAUGCUCUAUGAAGCGGAAUCGUUAACGAUGAAUUAUAAUGUACCACAUUUUGUUGGGUAUCUAUUGGCUAAUCAAACUAUUAAUAGAGAUUACACAACAAAUGCAUCCUUAAUGGCAGGAGCUCAAGUUGAUGAUAUAUUUGGUAUAUCUUUUACAAAUAGUUUAGGAUGGGACCGUAGUGAGUUCAUUUCAAUUGAAAUGCCAUCAAAUAUGAACGUUGCCGUUUAUGACUCAAACUUUAACCCAAUUGUAUCACAGGUUGUUCAAAGACAAGAUAAGGGUGGUAAAUGGUAUUUAUUCUAUCAAGUUGAAACUCCAGCAUUGGGUAUAUCAACAUAUUUUGUUGUUGUUUUAGAUAUUGAUGGUCAAAUAACCAAUCCAGAUUUAUUAAGCUUUAUUUCAACAAAUGAAAAAUUUACCCCAAUAGUAUCAGAAACUACUUUUUCCCAAUCAAUUGAUUAUGAUGAUAGCAUCUCAAGCAAACCAGUGGUAUCCAUUGGAAAUUUAUUGUACAAUUUAAAUUUCAAUUUCGAUGCAAAUAACAACAACUUGUUAACAUUAAAGAGCUAUGAUGAUUUAUUAAGAGGUCAAAUGGCUAUCCCAUUGUCUCAACAAUUUAUAGAGUAUACAAGUAUGAGUGAUGAUGCAUACAAAUUUAGACCAACUGGACUACCAAUUAGUUUAACACCAAUUAAUCCACAAUUUUAUCUUACAAGCGGCCCAAUAGUUCAAUUAGUUACUAUAAUUUACAACAAUAACUGCUCACAAACUUUCUUUGUUUAUAACUCAACAACUACUAAUGGACACUCAUCGACAAAUAAUUCAUUAAUCUCAGAAAAUCAAUUCUUUGAAAUCGAUAACAUUGUAGCAUCAGGAUGGGAUAAGGAAAUAGCUAUUAGAUUUACAUCAUCAAUUCAAAAUUCAAACAAAUUCUAUACAAAUAAUGGUUUGGAAGUUAUGAAAAGAGAAUAUCAAAUAAGAUGGAAUGAUACACUUCCAUGGAGUGAAAUUGCCGGUAACUUUUUCCCAGUGGUCAAUACCGGUUACAUUGUCGAUGAAUAUAAUCAAUUAACACUAUUAACCAAACAAACAGUUGCUGGAAGUAGUCAAGGCGAAGGUUUAUUUGAAUUAUUAUUAAUUAGAAGAUCAAACUACACACAAUGGAGUGUUCAUGAACCAAUGAAUGACACAUCAAAUCCAACAAUUAAAGUAAGGGUAUUAUUUGGAGAUCCAAAUAGAAUUGAACAAAUUAGAACACCACAUUCUUUAUUAUUCGAAAAUCCAUUAUUACCAGUAUUUACUCAAAUUAAUGAAAUUGGUAUUGAAAAAUGGUUAUCACUUUACAAUACGGUAUUUAAACCAUUAAAAGCUUCACUACCUUAUAAUCUUCAUUUAUUAACAAUGACAAAACAAUGGAUGGAUAGUUCUGUAAAUAUAUUUAGGGCAAUAAAUAUAUAUGAACUUGGUCAGAGCAACGAUUUUUCACAACCUGUCAACCUUUCUCUUCAAGAACUUCUUGGUAACUUCAAUGUCAGUAAUAUAGUUGAAACAUCAUUGUCUGCAAAUAAUGUAAUAUCAAGUGAAAAGAGCAAUUCAAUUAUAACUUUAAACCCAUUACAAUUAAAAACCUAUCUUUUAAAUUUAAAUUCAAAAUAG